AUGUCCGGACAAGCCAACGUACUUUCCAACAGUGUUACGCCGCUUAUAGACCGAAUUUUGGCAAAUCCGUUAACAUUCAUACUGGGGAAGCAAAUCGAGCUGGAUAAUUUCGAAAAGCCCGCCAGUUACAUAGUCUUGUCAAAAUCGAGCAAGAAAGGUGAUAGUAGCGAAAGCAGCAAAGCUCUGACUCAAGAAAAAGAACCAAAGAGUCCGGAAAUGAGGAAACCAAGAUCGAUGGCGGAGGCCGUGGCAGUUUAUACCGGGAAGAAAUUUUUGACCAAGGCAGAGAAAAAGGCAGCGAAAAAACGGAAGGUGACUCAACCAUUGGUCGACUCUGAAGAAGAAGAUGUGGGUGAAGUUAUCGGUGGCGACAUCAAAAUGGCUGAAUCCGAUUCAGACUCUAUUUCAGACUCGCAGUACGAAUCGGCAUCCGAAUUUCAGUCAGACAGUAAUGUUGAGUUGCCAUUUGCCGAGUUCAAAAGUGAGAGCGACGUCAAGAGUAGCAGUGAACUGAGAAGCGACAGCGAGCUCAAAACUGAAAGCGAGCUGAAGAGCGAUAGUGAAUCCACAAGUGAGAGCCCUGCAGGUGGCGAGGAAGAUGAUGAAGGUAAUGAUGACGAUGAUGAUGAUGAUAAUAAGGACUAUUCUCUUGAAGAUAAUGAGAGUUUUUCUGAAAGUGACAGUGGAAGUGCCAGUGAUGUAGAGGAUAGUUCAAAUGACGAAGAAGAUUUAGAAGCCCUCAAACACGAUCUUAAACAAGAGUUGCAACAUGAUCCUAGAGAUAUAUCGAGUAAAGAUCCUUCUUUGUCAGGAAGUGACGAUGAUGACGAAGAGAAGGAAGAGGAAAAUCUGGAUAAGAACACAACUCCACCAACGUCACCUGAAGAUGAACCAGAAAAGCCUCCUGCUACAGUCAACGCUAGCGAUGAUCUUCACGUGUUACCGUUAAACAAGUUUUAUCUGAUAAAUGAAGUUUCUAGUGAUAGAGGUUCUAAUAAUUCUACUCGAAUCUAUAAAAACUGGAGAGAAUUAUCCAAACGUAAGCCCGUUGGGUUGUUAAAUCAUGGGGUUACAUGCUACAUGAAUUCUGCAAUUCAAUCAUUGAUUCACAUUCCAGCGGUGCAACAUUAUUUGACAGAUAUCAAUUCAGGCAAACAUAACAAAACCUUAAAGCCAAGAUCUGUUUCUCAUGUUUUAGCUGAACUUUCCAAAAGGAUGUGGGCAUUGGAUGAUAAUACAUCGAAAGCCAAACAGCCAAAAUACGUUAAUCCCAAGAGAAUUAUUCAAAGAUUGGAUGAUAUUAAUUGUAUGAUGAGUGAAUGGCAGCAAGAAGACUCUCAUGAAUACUUUAUGUCAUUAAUGUCAAGAUUACAAGAAGAUUCUACUCCUAAAGGAGUGAAGUUGAAUCAAUCAAUAAUCUAUGAUAUCUUUGGGGGAUUAUUACAUCAAUCUGUGACAUGCAAGAAUUGUAACUACGUAUCGGACACGAAACAAGAGUUCUAUGAUUUAUCGUUAGGAUUAAACAGAAAGAAGAAUAAGGACGUCACAGAAAAUUCUGGUCCACAAAGAUAUACAAUCGAGAAGUCAAUUCAAGAAUUUUUCUCUAGUGAAUUAAUUAAACUUGAUAGAAAGGACAAGAGUUCGGGAUAUGACUGUGAGAAUUGUAAACAAAAAUCAAAUGCAUGUAAGAUAAGUACAAUUGACAGAUCUCCUGAAACUUUAACAGUUCAUUUGAAGAGAUUCAAAUUUAAUGGUAACUCUUCAUCUAAGGUUAAGCAAUCAAUUUCUUAUCCAAAUUACCUAGACUUGACCAAAUUCACCACAUUAAAGACUCCAACCAAAUAUCAAUUAGUCUCAGUGAUUGUUCACGAAGGUAGGUCGAUACUGUCAGGACAUUAUAUUGCACAUUGCUUGCAACCUGAUGGUACCUGGUCAACUUAUGAUGAUGAAUAUAUCAACAAGAUUAAUGAAAAAGAAGCUCUUAGUGAUCCCUCUGCUUAUGUUUUAGUAUACACCAAGUUGACACCCAGAUUAAUGAAAAGAUCUAAUGAAGGUAAUGAUAACUUGGUAAAUGCUAAGAAAUUAAAACGCUAG